AUGUAUUUACCGAGCUGUUCCUAUCCGUCACAGUCGGACUUUGGCUCCAUCACUUCACCGUUUCCUCCUCUUCCUCCUCCUCUUCCUCCGUGGACAUGGACUCUCCACCCGGUCAACCAUCCCAUCACCUCUGGAGCUCUUUACGCACAGCCGUUCUCCGGAGACGCGCGGAGUUUCCCCGGUGGUUACGCAGCGUUCAGUCCGGACUCACAGCUCCUGAUCCCGGCUGCUGCAGAGAGGAGGAGCAGAGUCCUGCCGGAGGGCUUCGACCAGCUCCUCCAGUCUGCAGCAGCAGCAGCAGAAGAUGAUGGAGAUGGAGUGGAUGCAAGAGUGCAGAUUAUUACAGCUGGCUGCAGCCGACAGCAGAGAGAGACGAACCGGAGCUGUGACACCGGGUCAGAGUCUCCUCAGGCUGGGAAAGAGGACGAGGAGGAUGCGCCUUCAUCCAGGAGCAGUGGAGGAGACUCCAGAAAGGCCCGUGCAGAGCCCAGUGUGAGGAGGACGAAGCGCUGUCCUUACUCCAAGCAGCAGAUCAGAGAGCUGGAGAGAGAGUUUCUACUCAACAUUUACAUCAACAAAGACAGACGUAUGAAGCUGUCCCGCCUUCUGCGCCUGACAGAUCGACAGGUGAAAAUCUGGUUCCAGAACAGAAGAAUGAAAGAGAAGAAACUGAAAAGCAAGACACUGCUGUUCCACCACAACCACCACCAUCACCACGCAGGAUAUCACCUGUUCUGAAGUAAGAGACAGUCUUUCCUUUAACGUCACAGCACUGUAUCGUUCAGACCGUGCAUACGCAGGUUAACAGUAAAAACAAUGUGUUGUCCUGCCAUCGAAGGAGAACUGGAAGGCUCAGCUUUAGGCCUGAUUCUCUGUUGAAUAUUCUGCCUGGCUCCUGAUUAUUUUAUUGACUUUUCAUGAAGAAAACCUUCCUGCUGCUCCUCAUUUAAACCUGACGUCCCUCUGGAGUAAAGUGGCUUAUUGUAAAGAAAUGAACUUUCUGUCUGCCUUUAUGUCCGAUAAAUACUGAGGACAUAAUACAGGGAAACAUCUACUACAGAUGCUCUUUAUAUGCUCGUCUGUGGAGCCUCGUGUUUUUGGACUUCACAUCUCAUUCAUGUUUGUUGUGUGUGUUUUGGUGUUGACUUGCACUGUUGACACUCUAAUGAUAUGUCUGUAAAUUAGAUAUGUCCUAUCUAUCUGUAUUGCUGUCCUGAUUUUUGAUAAAUCCUCAUGUAAAUAUGUUUAUAAUUAGGAUGAAUCAGAAUUUUUUUUGCAUUUCAGAUUUCAUUUAGGAUGUGAAAAAUGAAAGAAUGCAGAUAUCACACUCAUAAAAUAAAUCGUAGACAUAUCAGUACUCUCUCAUGCCAAGUUUUAUCAGAAAAAUCUGCAUUUCCUAAUGUGAGACA